AUGAGCAACGCAACCAUCACCGCUGACAUCAGGCUGACGAACUUCCGUCUUGAUAUCUUCGGCCAGAUCCCCGCUCUCAAGAGCUAUACCAACAUCUCCAGUGUCUAUUCCGUCCCCGAUGCUUCCUCCAGAUCGUCGAUCAUCGACACUCUCGUCAAAGGCCUUGAGCGCCUGGCCGCCAGCUUUCCUUGGGUGGCAGGUCGGGUCGUAGUCGAAGGCAACACAGAGGGUAACACGGGGGUUUGCAAGAUCAAACCGUUUGCCAAACUGCCACCCCUCCUGGUUGUGAGAGACUACCAGGAAGGGUCUUCGGCACUGUCCAUGGGGAGUCUGCGCGAUGCCCAAUUCCCCAUGAGCAUGCUGGACGAAUCCCUCGUCGCCCCCAUCAGCACCCUGCCGGCGGAUACUGACUUCCCCAACGGACGUCCUGUCUUCCUGGUCCAAGCCACCUUCAUCCCUGGUGGUUUAAUCCUGACCUUUGUCGGCGAGCAUCGAGCAAUGGACAUCACCGGACAGAACCACCUCAUCCAUCUGCUCUCCAAAGCCUGUGGCGACGAGCCAUUCUCUCCUGUGGAGCUCUCCAUCGGCAACAUGCCCCGUCACAACAUCAUCCCUCCUCUUGAAGAUCACGAUGCCGAUUCCCACCUUCCAGGCCAAUUCCCUCCUAAUACCCCAGCCGAACAUCAACAAGCAUCAACUCCCCCCUCCACCUGGGCCUGUUUCCACCUCUCCUCCUCCUCCCUCUCCGCCCUCAAAUCCCUCACCAACGAGUCCCUCCUCGCCUCGUACAUCUCCACCGACGACGCCCUCAGCGCCUUCAUCUGGCAAUCCAUCCUCCGCGCCCGUCGCCCCCGCAUCCCAUCCUUCUCCUCCUUCUCCUACCUAUCCUCCUUAUCCUCCUCAUCCUCAUCCACCCUCCUCCGCGCCGUCGACCUCCGCCCCAUCCUCACCAUCCCCCAAACCUACCCAGGCGUCCUCAUGAUGGUAACACCCACAACAAGCCCCCUCCACCACCAGGAGCUCCCCCUCGGCCACCUCGCAUCCCUCCUCCGCACAGACAUCCACCCGAACAAACUCUCCACCGCGGCACGCACCUUCGCAACCACCCUCCACCACACGCCCGAUAAGCGCAGGGUGCCGUUCGCGCCGAACAUGAACCCAGCCACGAACGUCAUGUUCAGCUCCUGGUCCAAGGUCGCGCUCUAUGCGCUCCACUUCCAUCUUGGACUUGGGUGUCCUGAGGCGGUGCGCAGGCCGAGGCUUUUUCCCGUCGAGGGGCUGGUGUAUGCCAUGCCGAGGGACAGGGAGGGCGGGAUCGUGGUGGAGGUUUGUUUGAGGGAUGAGGAUUUGGCGAGAUUGAGAAGGGACGGGGCGUUUUCGAGGUUUGCGACGUAUAUUGGAUGA